CAGAGACAUCUGCAGACAUGUCUGGGAAGCCAGUGUGCAUUGCAGAUUUUGAGGAGCAUGCUAAAACCUUCCUGCCCAAGUCCGUGUACGAUUAUUACCGAUCUGGGGCGGAUGACCAGGAAACCCUGGCAGAUAAUGUCGCAGCCUUUUCCAGGUGGAAGCUGUACCCGCGGGUGCUCAGGGACGUGUCGGCGAUGGACCUGUCCACCCGUGUGCUGGGGCAGAGCGUCGCCGUGCCCGUGUGCGUGGCCGCCACCGCCAUGCAGCGCAUGGCUCACCCGCACGGAGAGACCGCCACAGCCCGAGCCUGCCAGGCCGUGGGGACAGGGAUGAUGCUGAGCUCCUGGGCCACGUCGUCCAUGGAGGAGGUGGCGGCGGCGGCGCCGGGCGGCCUGCGCUGGCUGCAGCUCUACGCCUACCGCGAGCGGCGGGUGACGGCCGCGCUGGUGCGGCGCGCCGAGGCCGCCGGCUACCGCGGCAUCUUCCUCACCGUGGACACGCCCUACCUCGGCCGCCGCCGCGCCGACGUGCGCAACCGCUUCCAGCUGCCCCCGCACCUCAGUUUAAAGAACUUCUCGAGCAGCGAGCUGGCAUUUUCCUCAGGGAAGGACUUUGGAGACGACAGCGGGCUGGCCGUGUACGUCGCCGAGGCCAUCGAUGCCACCGUCAGCUGGGAGGACAUCAAGUGGCUGCGGGGGCUCACCUCGCUGCCCAUCGUGCUGAAAGGGAUCCUCAGGGCUGAUGAUGCCAAAGAAGCUGUAAAGCUUGGGGUAAAUGGGAUCCUGGUGUCAAAUCACGGAGCACGACAGCUUGAUGGGGUCCCUGCUACUAUUGAUGUCUUGCCUGAAAUCGUGGAGGCAGUGGAGGGGAAGGUGGAGGUGUUCCUGGAUGGUGGGGUGAGGAGAGGCACGGACGUUCUCAAGGCACUGGCUCUUGGUGCCAAAGCUGUUUUCGUUGGGAGACCCGUCCUCUGGGGCCUGGCUUAUCAAGGUGAAGAAGGAGUAAAAGAAGUUCUCCAGAUGCUGAAGGAAGAGUUUCGCCUGGCAAUGGCACUGACAGGAUGCCGGAGAGUAGAAGAAAUUGGCAGGACACUGGUCCGAAGACAUCAAGGAUUGCUUUCCAAGAUUUAGGUCUGAAGACUCUUGCCUUGUGCAUUGCCUGUUGUGCUUCCAGACAAAAUCCAACUGCAUUCCCUCUGAGGGCCUCCUCCUGCAAUCCUGACUGAGGGAAUGCUUGCUCUGUAGGAAAUCACUUGUUGAAAAAAUAACUCAAAGCAAAUUUUGCAGGUGCUUCCAAAUCUCUCGGGUUCUUAAGGAAAGCUGCUACACUGGGAGGUGUGAUUAGAGAUGGACCUUUAUACAAGACCAGCAUAGAAACUUCAAGGUGGUUUGCAACAAAUGCUGAUAAUUAAUUUCCAUGCCUGGGAGUAAUUUAGCUGUUAAAGUGAAACUAUAAACAGAAAUGCUGAAAUUUAAAAUGCAAAAGAUGCUUCUUACUCACUGUUUAGAGAAACCAGACUGAAGAUUGUAGAGAUUAAAUCUUGCUUUCCUAUGAACAGAA